CAAUUGGCAGAAAACGACCCAUUUAUCAGAAAAACUUAACUUGGCGCAAAAACCGUCUCGAAUCAAUUUUCUUAUCACGCAAUUUUCACGUCGUCAAGUUGGUGGUUCUUGGAGCUACUCCGGAGUUACUCCAGUGCCACAUAACCUUAGAUUUAGUUAUCGUUAAUGAUAGCCCCCUUUUCGCGAUGAACGUGCUAACGUCAGUUCGUUUGGGGGCCUUGACUUUAAAGUCGGCCCGCACGUACGCCUUCAAGAGCGAUUUAAAAAUCAAAUGGGUCCGCCCGGAGAAAAUCCCGUGUAUCAAGCCGGAGAAAAGUGGUGACCUGGAAGCAAUGAUGAAAAUCGACUUGUCACAGCCCCAGCUUCCCUUCCGUGGCUCCAAAGAAUUGGAAACGGCCGACGAAACCGUGAAAAAAUUGUUUUCGUUAGAAUACGCCCCUCGCAGGAAAUUGACUCAAGUGUACGGCUAUGAAAUGAAGCAACUCGUGAAGAGGCACGAGUUCGAUACGGGUUCUGUUGAAGUGCAAAUCGCCAGAUGGACGGCCAUCAUCAGGGCGUACCAGGACUUGAUGGAGAAAUUUCCGAGGAAUAAGGUCAUGAAGGUUGUUUUAAAGGAGAUGAUCGAUAGGAGGAAGAAGAAAUUGAAGUAUUUGCGACGGUGGGAUUACAAGCGGUUUGAGUGGUUGCUGGAAGCGCUAAAAAUUGUGUAUAAGCCGCCCCCUGAUCACUUCCAUUGGAUCACCCGGAAGGAGUCGUUACGGAAGUUGACGAAUAACUACUGCGAGGAUAUUAGGCAACGGCGGCUUGACGAGUACAAGCAGCUGUUGCAGAACGAACAGCCUGUCUUUUUGCAGGAGAAAAUCAGGGCUCUUGAGUUUAUCAGGAACGAGCAACGUGAGUGUGGGGUUGAAGUCACUGUCACAGACGAGGAGGUUGAAGCAGUGAGGAAGCAACUCAAGGAAUUGGAGGAGCAACGUAAGAGUGAAGAAGAGUGAAACCAGUGUUUUUUUCAAACAUUUUUUCGUUUUCCGUUAAAUACAUGUAUCACGUACACAUAACGACGAAAUGCAACAAUAAAAAUCUCUAAUCUAGAAACUUGACAUACAUACGAGUGAAAAUACUUAAAAAAAUAAAAUGUUUAUUACACGUA